AUGCCACUGGUAAAAAGGAACAUAGACCCCAGGCAUCUGUGCCACACAGCUCUGCCCCGAGGUAUCAAGAAUGAGUUGGAAUGUGUCACAAAUAUCUCCUUGGCAAAUAUAAUCAGACAGCUGAGUAGCCUAAGUAAAUACGCUGAGGAUAUAUUUGGUGAACUUUUCAAUGAAGCACACAGUUUCUCAUUUAGAGUGAACUCCUUACAGGAACGGGUAGAUCGUUUAUCUGUCAGUGUUACACAGCUCGACCCGAAGGAAGAAGAAUUGUCACUGCAGGACAUUACAAUGAGGAAAGCUUUCCGGAGUUCCACAAUUCAAGAUCAGCAGCUGUUUGACCGCAAGACUCUGCCGAUUCCUUUGCAAGAAACUUACGACAUCUGUGAACAGCCUCCUCCACUUAACAUUCUCACCCCUUACAGGGAUGAUGGAAAAGAGGGUUUGAAGUUUUAUACCAAUCCUUCAUACUUCUUUGAUCUUUGGAAGGAAAAAAUGUUGCAGGACACAGAAGACAAAAGAAAAGAAAAGAGGAAGCAGAAGCAGAAAAACCUGGAUCGUCCUCAUGAACCAGAAAAAGUGCCAAGGGCACCUCAUGACAGGCGAAGAGAGUGGCAGAAGUUAGCCCAAGGUCCAGAGCUUGCAGAAGAUGAUGCUAACCUCUUACAUAAGCAUAUUGAAGUUGCUAAUGGCCCAGCUUCACAUUUUGAAUCAAGAUCUCAAGCAUAUGUGGACCAUAUGGAUGGAUCGUAUUCGCUUUCUGCGUUGCCCUAUAGCCAGAUGUCUGAACUGCUGAACAGAGCCGAGGAGCGGGUGUUGGUCAGGCCACAUGAGCCACCACCGCCACCUCCAAUGCACGUAGCGGGAGAUGUGAAGCCCGUGCCUCCUUGCGUUAGUUCUACUACUGGCUUGGUAGAAAAUCGUCCUCAGUCACCAGCAACAGGCAGAACACCAGUGUUUGUGAGCCCCACUCCUCCUCCUCCACCACCACCACCUCUUCCGUCCGCUUUGUCGACCUCCUCAUUAAGAGCUGCAAUGACUUCUACUCCUCCACCCCCAGUCCCACCUCCCCCACCCCCUCCAACAGCUGCUCUGCAGGCCCCGGCUGUGCCGCCGCCACCAGCUCCUCUCCAGAUAGCUCCUGGAGUCCUACAUCCAGCUCCACCUCCAAUUGCCCCUCCUUUAGCACAACCCUCGCCUCCUGUCACUAGGGCUGCCCAAGUGUGCGAAGCCGUACCAGUUCACCCAGUUCCUCCACAAGCUGAAGUACAGGGACUUCCUCCACCACCCCCACCUCCUCCCCUGCCUCCUCCUGGCAUUCGACCCUCCUCUCCCGUCACGGUUGCAGCCCUUUCUCACCCUCCUGUUCUGCACCCUCCUCCCACAACCAUUGUCCCUGGUCCUCAUGCCCCGCUAAUGCCUCCGUCUCCACCAUCCCAAGUGAUUCCUGCCCCUGAGCCCAAACGCCAUCCUUCAACUCUUCCUGUAAUCAGCGAUGCCAGAAGCGUUCUGCUGGAAGCAAUACGGAAAGGUAUACAGCUGCGCAAAGUUGAGGAGCAGCGUGAGCAAGAGGCCAAGCACGAGCGCAUCGAGAACGACGUUGCCACCAUCCUGUCUCGCCGCAUCGCCGUGGAGUACAGCGACUCGGAAGACGAUUCCGAAUUCGAUGAAGUGGAUUGGUUAGAGUGAAAUGCCUACGUUGCUGUACACUGCAAAAUCGAAUGCUAAUGUCUGUUGUGGUGCUUGUUCUUUGGAAGUUCGAUGGUCAUUUCUAGUGGGUUUUGUAUUCUUUUCUUUACAUAAUUAAUCCCAUGUUUUUCUACUUUUCAGUUUACAAAAAGCUCCUAGUGCAUCUUCGAAACUAAAUGUUUUACAGCGGCUUUUCUUACACGUCUUUUUUGAAAGAACAUACUUUGUUCUGAUAGACCACUAAGUAUUAAGCAUGGGCAGCUGUUGGUAGAGUAGCAGUUUCAAAUUUUUGGCAUAUCCUAACUGUGCACUUUGUGAAUUUUAAGUUAAUGAAGGCAACUGAGAUUGACAUUCCAAGGGCAGCUGUAUGUACUAAUGAGCCUUAUUCCAUUUUUGAUAGUGUUUUAAAACAUUAAACCUAGCUAUCCAAGGUAUCACUGCCUCAAUUACAUCUGUACACUGAAAGUACGUAUAGUUAGCAGCACUGAACACACUGUAAGGAAAAUGGAUCUUUGGGGGGGCUAUUAUUGUUUUAUUGUUGUUUUUAAAUAAUUAUGGCCUUAUUUGAAUGUUUAGAGAUUCCCCUUCCCUUCUUCCCUCCCAGGUACAUAUUGUGUGGUACUAUUUUUGCCUGCAUAAUGAAAGUUUAAAGUUUUUUUUUCCUUGUGAAAUCUUUUGACUUAAACAUGCUGUGUAACUUAUGUAACUGUUAAAAUAACAGUUUGAUUUAAUAAAUGGUUCAUUUUAAAUGUU